AUGACGGUGACUUCUAGUGAGAAUUCAGAGUUAGCUUCGUAUGGAUUGAGGGAGGUUGCUCAAGUGUGGUAUGUUCCAUCCUUGGAUGCAAACCCAAGGGAUGAGAUGAGCAGGAUUAUGGUGUAUGCUCAAUCCAUUGAGGAGUCCAAACAUAGAAGGAUCACAAAGAAUUUGAAGAGUGGUAUAGUGGAGGAGCAAAACCAACCUAGGAUCAAGAAGAGGGCUCCAAUUCAAGCUGCAUCUAGUGCUCCAAAUAUUAAUAUUGAAAGUGGUAGUGGUUCCCAAGUGGUUAAGCCUACUUGUGCUAGGUGUGGGAAGAAGCACUUUGGGAAAGGUUUAGCCGGUACAGGUGGUUGGUUUGGUUGUGUUAAGGAUGGUCAUAAGGUGAUGGAUUGUCCUACUAUUGCAGCUAUAGGAAAAGAGGCCAAAGAAGUUCCUCCUAGUGCUCGGGAUGAUGGUGCUGCAAAGAUUAAUCACUUUUAUUUUGUCCAAGCUAAGACCAAAUCGGGUGAAGAUUCUGAUAAGUUAUAA